UAAUCAUUAUGGGUCCCUUCGCCGUAGUAAGAUUAGAAAAUUGGUCUCUCACAUGAUCGUGUGAGUUGUCUUGCGACAGGAGACCGUCGUGCGGACAGAGCGGAGGAGGAGAUGGCAGAAAUGAGCUUUAGUUCGAGGUUGUUGGCUCUUAUUGGCAUCUUGACAACACUGACGAGCUGCGAUACUAUUCCUUGGCAGGAGAAAAAGCUUAAACAUGAAGCAACUACUCUGAACUCCAGUGAACUGAGUAGUAUCGUAGCUCAUACUGAUCUGGACCGAAUGUGGCAGAAGGACCUGAAGUCAAUGCUUGUUGUGCGUUAUCCUGGUUCAGCUGGAAGCCAACAAGUUCAGCAGCAUAUUAAAUCGACCCUAAGCUUGCUGAAAGCAGGCUGGGAUGUGACUGAGGACUCCUUCUAUGCUAAUACUCCUUAUGGGCAGCUUCCCUUCACCAACAUUAUUGCUACUCUCAACCCUACUGCAAAACGUCAGUUGGUGCUGGCCUGCCACUAUGACUCCAAAUACUACCCACCUCAAUGGGAUGGCCGUGAGUUUCUUGGGGCGAUCGAUUCUGCAGUGCCAUGCUCUAUGAUUCUGGAACUUUCAAGAGCCCAAGAUGAUGAAUUAAAGACCCUGAAGAAUUCUGGCUCAGAUCUGUCUCUACAGCUCUUGUUUUUUGAUGGAGAAGAGGCUCUUUAUCAGUGGACAUCUGAAGACUCUCUGUAUGGCUCUCGUCAUCUGGCCCACAAAAUGGCCACAGCAUCACAUCCACCAGAAGCCACCAACACCAGCCAGCUUGACAGCAUUGAUCUGUUUGUUCUGCUGGAUUUGAUUGGAGGUCCUAAUCCUCGAUUUGGAAAUCAGUUCUCUAGUACAACCCGGUGGCUUUCCAGACUACGGAAUAUUGAGCGUCGGCUACAUGCUCUUGGUCAGCUGGAGAAUCACCCUAAUGAGGUUCAGUAUUUCUGGCCUGGCCUGCAUGUGGGACUUAUUCUGGAUGACCACAUACCAUUCCUCAACCGAGGAGUCCGUAUUCUCCAUCUUAUUUCAACACCUUUUCCUGCGGUGUGGCACACAUUUGAUGACAAUGAGGAGAACCUUGACCAAACCUCCAUCAGUAAUCUCAACAUUUUGCAGGUCUUUGUUCUUGAAUACCUCAACAAGAAGAGCCCAGAAAAUCAAGUUGUGGAAGGCUCAUAAUGUUUCAUAAGUUUACCACCAGUCACCUGUUUCUCAUACAAAUAAGAACAUUAAAUGUUCUAAUUUAGUCAGUUUGGGUAAUUUCAGAUGUGACUAAGCUGUCACUGGGUUUGUACCUUUUCAAAAAUUCUCAUUUUGACAUUGUAUAAUGAUGGUUUGUU